CACAGCCUUCCUUACCCAAAAAAGAAAGAAAAAGGAAAAAGAAACGAACUCUCACCGCCGCGCAUAAAACAGAGUAGCAGAGCAGGUAGCAAUGCAUAUAGCCGUUGUACGAAGUUCCAAGCCCAAGGCGUAGCUCAAAAGCGCGCUCAUGGAGAAGCUGAAAUCUCUGGUUCCAGAAACCCUAAAGCGAAUGAUCGGAGAGAGCUCUGCUGACGAUCUUCCUCGCACAUGCUCUUCUCUCGUCGAUUUUCUUCUUCAUUUCGAGCCCUUUCACCAAAUGGUGAGGGACUUGGCGGACCCUGAAGUGGCUCUGUGUGGCAAGAACAAAGAAGCUGUUUUGGAGUCGAAGCAAAAGGGGAAUAAGUGCUUCUUGAGUGGUGAUUAUGCUAAUGCUUUGGAUUUCUAUACUCAGGCAUUGAUAGUUGCUCCUGUGGAUGCAAAUGAAGACAGAAACUUGGUUGCUACUUUGUAUGUGAAGCGGGCUUCUGUAUUGCAUAAAAUGGGACUUCUAAGGGAGUGUUUACGAGACUGCAAUCGGGCACUUCAGAUUUCUUCAAACUAUGCAAAGGCAUGGUACAGAAGAGGUAAGGCAAAUGCUUCUAUGGGAAAUUAUAAGGAUACCAUCCGUGACUUGGAUGUUGCUAAGAUUCUGGAGUUGACAAUGGGUGGAAAGAGACAGAAAGUGAGAUGAAGAUAAUUUUGGAUCAACAGAAUAGUACAUCAAAUCCAUCAAUACAACAGUAUGAGAAUAUCUCAGAUAUUUUGGAUGACAAAAAUAGCAAUUUGGAGACGGGCAAAAGCUACAAAAAUGGCUGCAUGUUGACACGUAACAGCUUGAAAUGAUGAACCGCACCCAACGGGAUUACGAUGUGUCGCCACACCAGAGAAAGGAAGGGGUAUGGCUUCAACUGGUGACCUUCCUCAAGCUUCAUUGGUACAUACCGAAGACCCUUUUUUGAUGAUAAUAUUAAAGCCUUGUCGGGAAACUCAUUGCCACUACUGCUUCAAUGAGCUACCAGCGAAUAAAAUCCCAUGUACCUCAUGUUCAAUACCAUUGUAUUGCUCCCAGAAAUGCCGUUUACGAGCAGGAGGAAAAAUGUCCUGGGAUUACCCAAACAAUCAAAGGAUUCAUGAAAAUUUAUCAGCUGAUCUUGAAAAGUACAUUGCAGAGACCACUUUAAAUGUUGCUUCUGAAACAGAUACUGAGCACAUUCCUGAACAUAAACAUGAAUGUAAAGGUGUACACUGGCCAGCAGUAUUGCCUUCUGAGA